CCCUCCUGGUUCACCUCGACCCUCCUCGCCCGCCGUCUCCUCGCCCUCUCCACCACCGGCAUCGCCUCCACCAUCUUCCCCUCCCCUCUCCCCUCCACCUCCCACGCCCCCCCCUCCGUAGCCGGCCACUCCAUCAGUCUCACCGAAUACCUCGCCGACUGCGACGCCACCCUCCCCAACCCCCCCACCGAAGAAGGCAACCCAACCUUCCUAGCCCUCCGCGUGGCCACCACCUUCCGCAACACCGCCUCCGGCUCCAACAUCUCCCUCUCCCUCGACUGGUGGUCCCACAUCAACGACACCGCCCCUGUCUUCCCCGGUUUCCCUCUCUCCCAGGCUGGUCUUCCCCGCGCUACCCUCUUCGGAUACAUCGAACCGUUUGAGACCCCUGUACCUGAGGAAACGGAAUCAGCCCUGAAGGAGUGUUAUCUGGCGAAGCAUCCUGAUGCGGAGGUGUGGUUGCCGGGGAGGGAGGGCGCUCCGCAUGCGAGCUUUUGGGCGAGGUUGGUGGUUACCCAGGUUUAUUGGAUUGGGGGGUUUGGCGGGUUGCAGCAGAUUGGGUGGUUGAAUGUGACGGAGUGGAAGGGGGUCAGUGAGACGGGGAGUGCCGUGGAUAUUGGGGAUGGGAGUGGUAGGGGGUGGGGGGAUGUGAGGUUGCCGGGGGAGAGGGAGUAA